AUACCAAACGCUUUCUCUUCGCCACUUCACCUCAAAACAACACUAACAAACAUAGUUAGCUAGCUUCUUCUAUUAGCAGCAAUGGCUAUUAAGUUGUCUUUAAUUAUCUUUACUUCUCUUCUGCUUAUCCAUAGCUGCAUUGCUAGGCAAAAUGGCUUGCGGGAGCAGCAAGAGUGCAACUUCGAGCGCAUCAAUGCUCUGCAACCUAGUUCCAGUAUUGAGUCAGAAGGGGGCAGAACCGAGUUCUUUAACCCUGAUCAGAAGCAGUUCAGGUGCGCUGGUGUGGCGUUCCUCAAACACACCAUCCGCCAAAAAGGCCUCUUUGUGCCCUCUUACACAAAUUCUGUACUCAUGGUCUUUGUUGAACAAGGCAGGGGAUUUUAUGGACUUGUGAUUCCGGGUUGUGCUGAGACGUUCCAGUCACCUCAGGACCAGAGGGGCGAUAGACCGAGAGAUAGGCAUCAGAGGGUGCACAGGUUCAAAAAAGGUGACAUGCUUAUUAUUCCAGCUGGAGUUGCUCACUGGAUUUACAACAAUGGUGAUCAGGAUGUCCAGCUUGUGGUGAUGUUCGACACCACCAACAGAGUGAAUCAGCUUGACAGCAUUCCUCAGAGAUUCUUUGUAUUAGGGAACCCGCAAGGACAGAAACAACAAGGACAGCAAGAACAGCCACUAAUUCAACAAUUCCAAGGGGAUAGUGUUCUCAAGGCCUUUGACGCGGAGAGUUUGGUGAAUGCAUUCAAGGUGAACAGUGAAAUGGGAAGGAAGCUUAACGGGGAGAAUGUGAAACAAGGCCACAUCAUCAUCGUCGAAAAGGAGCUUCAAUUAGAAAUACCUGACAGACAACAUCAAGAAGGCGAAGAAGAGGAAAGGCAACAAGAACAAGAACAAGGACAAGGCAAAGGGCGAGGGAAUGGCAUUGAAGAAACCAGCUGCUCCGUCAGAAUCAGGACCAACCUUGACAACAUAGACCGCGCUGAUUUCUACAAUCCACAAGCCGGACAUCUCAUCUCCCUCAACAGCCACCAUCUCCCCAUCCUCGCAGACGUCAGACUUAGUGCUGAAAGAGGCCAUCUCCGCAAGCAUGCUAUACUGGCACCCCACUGGGUCUUGAAUGCGCACAGCAUCAUCUACGCGACAAAUGGAGAAGCAAGAAUCCAGAUUGUAAACAACCAAGGGCAACAAGUAUUUAACGAGCGCCUCCAGAAAGGACAACUAGUGCUAGUGCCUCAGAAUUUCGCGGUGAUGAUCCAAGCAGGAAGCCAGGGAUUCAGAUGGGUGUCGUUCAAGACCAAUGACAAUGCGAUGAUUACUCCAAUUGCAGGCAGGGGCUCAGUGUUCCGGGGACUACCAGUGAGUGUGUUGGCCAAUAUUCUGCAAAUUUCUGAAGAGCAAGCAUCGAAUCUGAAAUACAGCAAUGCUGAGACCAUGUUGUUCGUCCCGCAACGUCAACCCCGGGCUGAGAACUUCGUCAGAAUGCUUGUUUAAAGAUGUUAGGAUCAAAUAAUUGCUAAACUAUAUCAUGCAUGAUUCAUGGCAUGGUACUUUUCAGUUUUGAAUAAAGUUAUAAGCGUUCUGCAGGCGUUUGUAAUACUAAUUGGUUAAUGAGAUCAGUGCCGUUCGACCAUAAGAUUUUCAUA